GCGUUGAUGGUGGUUUUACCUGGUGGAACAUCAGAGAUUCGUGAGACCACCCGGGAAGUGUUUAGAAAAUUGCUUCAACAUGAUACAGAUGAAGCGGUUAGAAUACUGUGUGACAAUAUGAAAAUAGAAUUAGAUGCACUCCGCAACAAGGAAUGUGACGAAACAGAUGAUAUCGAUUGUACAAUGCUGGAAACGGAAGUCAAUGGUGCAACGUAUGUGUAUAACAGAUUAGCAUGUAACUCACAAGACAGUGUUAUUCGAAAUGGAGGAAUGCUGCUAGUAUUUUCCCUCACCUUGCCUUUCCUGACUGUUCUACUGCUCAAGAUGUAAAAGCUUGUGACGAUGAUGAUAAUGAUCAUCAUCCCACGUUUUCAUAACCCUCUUUCUUGGUUCCUGGCCACUUACUUUUAAAAUUUUGAAUCGUUCUCGAAUUCCUUUUCCUCCCACUAUUCUAAGGCUCCACUCACAAUGGCGCAGAGUCGAAACGUCGUGACGCGUCAUGUUGUUCUCCUAAGGCAUAUUCAUCACUGUUUUCCCAUUGUUAAAGUACAAAUUUGUAUUAUGUAAAUAUGGAAACGCGCAUCGACGCGCGACGACAUGCGCCUUCGCGCGUCGACUCUUGGUUAAAGUAACUCUCACCCCUGAGACAUAGGUUACCAUCUAGUUCAGGGUUGGAAUGUAUCGCCCUCUAUUUUAGACACAGUUGUACAAAACCUGUUUAAUUGUAAUAUAUGCCAUGUAACAUGUUCUAUUUUUAUGUACAAUAAAUUAUUAUUAUUAUAUUAUUAUUAUUAUAAAGUCGAGUGGCACUCCUAUCGAAAUUCUCGAAGCCAGAGGACGUGCUUGUUAAUAAUCAUGUAAAACACAACUUUACGUUAUAUAAGUUUGAUCAGGACGUUGAAAGAAGGGUACGAAAGGGAAUCGCAGUAGAUGGAGCCAUAAAUGGGCUAACGGGGAACAACAUCUUAUCUCACAAAGCACACAAUGCAAUGCUGGUUCAUAAACUGACGUUUCGUAUUGAGAGUUGGGUAUGGUAGAAGAAGCGUGAAAGUAGAAUUAAUGAUCUUUGAAGAAAAUUUGUGAUAAAAAGUGAAGAAUACAAUAAUACGUGAAAGCUGUGGCUUGGAAGAGGAUGUAGUGACUAGAUUAGAGAAAGGAAUGUCGAGGUGGUUUGGGCAUGUACAACUGAUGCAUGUAAGAAGAAUUACCAAAG